CAGUCAACUGUAUCAAUCAAAUUGGGACGAGGGAGUAUUAGUUAUCGGAGGGAGUACACUAGUGCUUCAUAUUAUUUAUAUCCAGCAAUCAAUGAACCAAAAACAGAUACCAUUCUCUUAUCAAAAAAUAAAAUACAAACAAAAAGACACCAUUCCAUGGCUUCUUCAUCCUCUCAAGAUGUGACUACAGUAGAUCUGAAAAACUAUGAUGUUUUCAUCAGCUUUAGAGGUGAUGACACUCGCGCCGGUUUCACCAGCCAUCUUUACACUGCUUUGUGCGGAGACCAUUUGCAUACCUACAUAGACUACAGGAUCCAAAAAGGAGAUGAAGUUUGGGCAGAACUUGUGAAAGCAAUUCAAGAUUCCACUCUGUUUCUUGUUGUCUUUUCAGAGAACUAUGCAACUUCAACAUGGUGUUUGAAUGAACUCGUUGAAAUAAUGGAGUGCCACAAAAAUGGACAAAUUGUUGUUCCUGUGUUCUACCAAGUUGACCCUUCACAUGUAAGGAAACAAACUGGGAGUUACGGCAGUGCGUUGGCAAAACACAAGAAGCAUGGCAAUAAUGAUGAUAAGAUGAUGCAAAAUUGGAAGAAUGCUCUUUUUCAAGUGGCUAAUUUAUCUGGUUUUCAUUCUACCAAUUACAGGACCGAAUCUGCCUUGAUUGAAGAUAUUACCAGAGUUGUAUUGAGAAAGUUAAACUACAACAACACAAAUGAUCUUACAUGUAAUUUCAUAUCGGAUGAAAACUAUUGGAGCAUUCAAGCUUUAAUGAAAAAAAUUGAUUCAACAGAAAUUCAAAUAAUUGGACUUUGGGGCAUGGGGGGCAUAGGUAAGACAACACUUGCUGCUGCUAUCUUUCACAAAGUAUCUUUUCAGUAUGAAGGUAGUUGCUUCUUAGAAAAUGUGACAGAAGUUUCAAAAAUGCAUGGAAUUAACUAUACAUGCAACAAACUUCUUUCAAAGUUGCUAAAGAAAGAUUUUGACAUCGACACUUCUAAAGUAAUACCAUCUAUGAUCAUUAGAAGACUCAAACGAAUGAAAUCUUUUAUUGUACUAGAUGAUGUAAAUACUUUAGAACUUCUGCAAAACUUGAUUGGAGUGGGACAAGGUUGGCUAGGAGUUGGUAGCACUGUCAUUGUGACAACAAGGGAUAAGCAUGUUCUGAUAAGUGGAGGAAUUGAAAAAAUUCAUCAAGUUAAGAAGAUGAAUUCCCGAAACUCUCUCCAACUUUUUAGGUUGAAUGCUUUUAACAAAGUCUUACCUAAGGAGGUAUAUGAGAAGCUCUCGGAAAGAGCAAUUGAUUAUGCCAAAGGCAACCCUUUAGCUCUGAUAGUAUUAGGGUCACUUCUUCGUGAUAAAAGUGAAAUAGAAUGGAAUUGUGCUCUAGCUAAACUGAAGGAAAUUCCCAAUGGAAAAAUUGAUAAGAUAUUGAGAUGGAGUUAUAAUGAAUUGGACGAGAAAGAGAAAAACAUAUUCUUGGACAUCGCAUGCAUUUUGAAAGGUUAUAAACGGGAUUGGGUGACAAAAAUAUUAAAUGAGUGUGGCUUCUUUGCAGAUAUAGGAAUAAGACAUCUUGUAGACAAGGCUCUUAUAAGAGUUGACUCUGAAAAUUACAUACAAAUGCAUGACUUGAUACAAGAAGUGGGAAAGCAAAUUGUUCGCGAAGAAUCUCCUAAAAAUCCCGGACAACGCAGUAGAUUAUGUGAUCCUAAGGAAGUUUGUGACGUUUUGAAAAAUAAUAGAGGAACUGAGAUUGUUGAAGCCAUAUUUUUUGAUGCUACUGAAUAUGCAAAUAUAAACUUAAGUCCCAAAGCAUUUGAAAAUAUGGUAAACUUAAGGUUACUUGUUUUUCGAGACCACAAGGAGAUUAAAUCUGUAAGUCUUCCACAUGGUCUUGAAUUAUUGCCAGAAAAUUUGAGAUAUUUUUUGUGGGAUGGAUAUCCAUGGAAGUCUUUGCCUCCAACCUUUUGUGCUGAAAUGCUAGUGGAGCUUUCCAUGCAAAACAGUCGUGUAGAGAAACUUUGGAAUGGAGAAAUGAGUUUGCCAAAUUUGGAGACACUUAACCUCACUGGCUCCAACAAGUUGAUAGAGUGUCCAAAUGUGUCUGGCUCCCCAAAUCUAAAACUUGUAACAUUUAAUUACUGCAAAAGUUUGCCUGAAGUUGAUUCUUCAAUUUUCUUUCUCCAAAAGCUGAUAACUUUAAAGGUGAUGGGAUGUACAUCACUUAAGAGCCUUUCAAGUAACACUUGUUCACCAACCCUCACUGAGUUAUAUGCUAUGGAAUGUAUCAAUCUCCAAGAGUUCUCAGUCACAUUUACUUCCUUUGAUCGUUUGCGUUUGGGUAUAUCAGAGUGGGGUGGGAAUGAACUUCCAUCAUCAUUAUUGAAUAAAAAAAAUCUUGAUAUUUUUUACUUUCCUAUAAUUGAAUGUCUUGUGGAUCUUCCGGAAAACUUUGCCGAUCAUAUUUACCUCGGGAGUCCAACGAAUUGUGAACAUGACCUUUCCAUCAGUUUACAUAAAGUAUUUUCUAGUCCUGCCUUCAUCAGUGUAAAACAUUUAUACCUUACUGAUAUUCCUACCUUGUCUGAAAUUCCAGACAAUAUCUUCUUACUAAAGUCUUUAGAGUCUUUAAUGCUAAUGGAUAUUGCCAUUACAAGCUUACCCGAAAACAUUAAGUAUCUCCCCCAACUCAAUCAACUUAAUGUUCGCGAUUGUAAAAAGCUUCAAUCUAUUCCAGCGCUUUCACAGUUCAUUCCAUUUUUCAUUGUCUUGAAUUGUGAAUCUCUUGAGAAAGUGUCGAGUUCAAUGAGUGAAGCAUGUAUCAAACCCAAUCCUUGUUUUACUGUGCUCAUUAACUGCAAAAAAUUGGAUCUACAUUCAUAUCAAACAGUUUUGGAAGAUGCUAUUGAUGGGAUUGAACUUGUAGCAAGACUAAAGCCAGCAAAUGAUGAAGAUGAUAUUAUUGGGUACUUGUUACCUGAUAUGCCUGGCAGAGAAUAUUGGUUCCAUUACCGUUCUACACAAGUUUCUUUCACUCUCGAGCUUCCUCCUAAUUUGUUGGGUUUUGCCUACUAUUUCGUUCUUUCUCAGGGCCAUAUGAAAAAAAGUGUAAAUUUUGGAUGUGAGUGCUACUUGGAAUAUAGUUCAGGUGAAAGGAUCUAUAUAACAAGUUUCACAAGAUCCAACUCGUUCAUUCAUGAAUUAAAUUACAGUCCUUUACUCCACUUGAUGUCAGAUCAUGUGGUUUUAUGGUAUGAUCCAGUAAGUUGCAAGAAAAUCAAUGAAGAAAUAAAAGCCAUUAAUGAUGUGAACAACACCAGUUACAGUUCAAAGCUUGCAUUUAGAUUCUUUAUUGAUGAAAAUUUACAUGAUGGAACUUUGGAGGAUGAAGUAGCGAUAAAAGAGUGUGGGUUUCGCUGGAUAUAUAAAGAAGCAGCAGAGUUUUCCACAGUUUUUGAAUCCCAAGAAGAAGAAGAAGAAGAAGAAGAAGAAGAAGAAGAAGAAGAAGAAGAAGAAGAAAGAAUUCAUCCAAGAAAGACAUCUUUGAAACUCUUGAAAUAUUGGGCUCAUUAUUGA